AUGAUGACUGCUGCAUCCAUAGCCUCCACGGACAUGAGGCUGCUGCUGCAAGAUGAUGUUUUUGUUGACUUUUUCAACACCUUUCUGAACCUUCCCGUUUUUGGCCAGACACCCCUUUACAUCAGUGGCACGGGCCGGUGGUACCUGUGGCCAGAGCUGCCGAGCCACCUGCAGGGACCUGUUACUCACCCUGAUGGCCGGGCAGGAGCCGGCUCCUUGCUCACAGCUCAAUCCUCUCCUUGGGCGACGCAGGAUCCCAGCCCCGCCGCUUUACUGGCUUGGUUGGAAAAGCACCGGCUGCCUCACUUCUGCAAAUCCAGCCUGUGCCUCCACCUCGUCCUCUGCCAGAAGCUGCUGGCUUUCAUUCGCUCGGGGGAAGCAGCAGAGCUCCUGAACUGGCAGGGCGCUGACCAGUGGCUGCUGGAGAGGUGCAUCAGCGGGAGCCACGGCAUGCGGCACUUCUGCGCCUUCGUCCGAGGAACGGCAGGGGAAGAACUGAUCGACUUCUGGCUCAUCACUGAAAGGCUCCUGGGUCUGGACGAGUCAGAUGGGAGUCAGAGGGAGCUGUUCUUGUCGCUGGUGCUCAGGCUGAGAGCCACUCAUCUGCGUGAGGGCUCCAGCGUCGUCACCCUCUGCACCACCAUCGCUGGACCUCUGCCCAAAGCCACGCACAUCCACUCCAUCAGCACCAGGAGGGAGAUCCUGAGCAGGAUGCAGGAACAGGCCCUUUUGAUGAUUCAGAUUUACUGGCUCCCUAAAUUCUUUGUGCACUGCAAGAUGGGAAUGGAGGAAGAGGAAUGGUGCCAGCCUUUGCUGCAGGAAUAUCAGGAGCGUUUAUCACAGGCCUGCUGGCAGGAGCCCCCAGGCCUUUCAGAGCCCUUCCCCACCAUGCACAUCAAAAGGAGCCAGGGCGUGUCAGGGCCCUACUGCAGCCAGAAGGCCAAAGCAGAGGUCUGGGCUCUGAUCAAGCAGGGGAGAGACACCCUAGAACUGAAAAUGGCCACUUUUCGGGUGAAACCAGAGGAGCAGCCAGGGCCAGCUGGGAGCAUGGAGGAAUUGUGUCUGGAUAAGGAUGCUUUGGGAUCGAUUCCCCAGCAGUCACAACAUCCUGCCUUUGGAGGCAGAGGAGGAGUAACAUUUCCUGGAAGACCUCAGUCCAGUGCAGAGCGGGAUCUAGAAAACCUCUGUAAGGAGAAAAUCGUCCCUCACCUGCCUCCCUCUGCAUCAUUUUCCUGGCUGCCAUCCCAGGCAGUCAAGAAAAAGCCAGUCAAGACCUUGGAUUUCCUUCCCUGGGCCCUGAGUGCCGAGGCCUGCGCAGGACGACCCUUCAGGGACUUCCUGCAGAGCCAGAACCGGCCCAUGGAGACUCAUCUCCUGGACCUGUGGCACGACCUGGAGGAGUUUCUGCCUGUGGUGCUGAGGUACAACAGAGAAAACAGCUUCUUCCUGCGCCAUUUGAUUGGGGGAAAGAUCUGCAAGACAUACCUGGAGGGCAACAUUGAGAAGCUUCCCUUGGAGACCAGGACUCUCGUGAGUUUGUGGAACCAUCUGAUAUGUGGAGAAUUCUCCCCCUGGAUAUUCAGAGCCCAGAAGGAGAUCUGCAAGGUGCUCUGCAGCCUCUAUGAGGAAUUUCUGGCCGCCGCCGACAGGAUGUUCCUCCAGUUCAUGGCUCCAGGGAUGGACGUCCCCGUGCCCAGGGUGCCAGGCCGUGCUGCUGGCAGAGGGGAACAGUUCUACCUGUCCCAGAGGAUGAACCAGUCCCUGGAGCUGAGCCAGGCCUUGCACGGCACCAGGAGCUUGGAGGGGGUCUCCUCCAAGCACUGGCAAGUACUUGCUGCUCAGGACCUGCAGAAAGGGGGCUCCAUCCAGGCUGAGAUGGAAGUGCUCCUGGGCAGUGCUGGUAAGAGGAGGCUCUCAGUCCCUGAUGUGGAUCUCGCUGAAGUCCAGAGGAUGAUGUCAGAUGAGCUGCCUGUGGAUACUCCAAGCAAGGAAGAGGAGCUUCAGCAGCUGAUGAGUGCAGCACUCAAACCCAGGGGAGGGUAUCUAGUGCCCUCUACCACUGCCCAACCUCUUCCAGGAACAGAAAUCCAGUGGGACCCAAAUCCCGGGGUUAUCCCCUAUCAGUUGCUCCCCACCUUAGUCCCCCUUCCUCAAACCAGUGCCCUCCUCAUGCCUCUGACUGCCCUUGAUGCUCUCUCUGCUCUCCCAUCUGACAGGUUUGAGGAGGGGGAUGAGGAGGAUGAGGAAGAGGAGGAAGGACACCAUCAGAAGAAGAAGACGAUGACGAUGCAGACAGAGGAGCAGAAACAGAAGCAGAAGGGGAAACAGAAACAGAAGCAGAAGGAAGAGCAGCAGCAGGAGGAGGAUUUGUUGCCCUGGUGCAGAAAGCCCAGGUCUAGGUGUCGUCGGCACGUGCAGGAAGAGAGAGAGACACGGAGGAUGGGAUGGGCCUGGGAUGCCAUCCGGCAGCUUGUCAGGAGCUUCUGCAAGUUCAGGAGGGAGAUGGAAAACCCCAAAUGCCGUGCAGAGUUUGUGGAUUUUCUCCGUCAGGAGAGAAGGAACGAGAAGGAAAACUUGCCCAUCAAGGAGAAGAAGAAGAAAAGUCCCUCGAGGAGCCCCCGCAGGGGCAAAGCCCAGCCACCAAAGGUGACGCUGAUCAAGCGCCGCAUUUUGAACAAACAGCUCAUCGUCGUCAACUUCCUCGUCGACGACCUCCGCUUUUACCUGGAGAUGGACAAGUUUUCCAGGUUCGCUGACCCCAGGAUAACUAGGAAACUCUGCAAAGCACAGUUAAAAAGGCACAAUUCCUUUCUGAAAAUGAAACUCGACAUCAUCAGCAGACUUUUCCUGAACUCUGAUAUCCCCCCCAAGCUGCGGGUCAACAUCUCUGAGAAAGAGAAGGAUUUAAUCCAUCGUUUAUCCUCCAAGGGGCCACUGACCCCGGCCAUCUACCAAAACGCCAAGGUCACCCUCUUCCCCAUCCUGAUGUACUUCUGGAGAAGGUUCUGCCUCUGGAAGGUGAUGAGGAGCUCCCCAGUCUACCAGGAGGUCUGGAGCUCUGAGAUCCCUGAGGACAGGAGCCCUGGGGCCCAGAAGGAGGAGAGGAGCUCUCAGGAGGCCCAGAGAGGCAGGAGCCCCAGGGGCCACCAAGAGGGCAGGGUUCCAGCCUCUUCACCGGCAAAAUCCCCCUCCAAAGAGCCCAAGAUCCCCAGUCCCAAGAAGCUGGUGGCCAUUCCCUCUACUACACGUUAUGCUCCAGGCAAAAGGCCCGUCCUUAUCUUCUCACUGUCAGAAGGCCUCCAGCUCCUGCUGCCACGGCCCAAGAAGCAAAGAGAGCCCUCGGAGGAGCAAGGAGAUGCAGAUCCCAGCGGGGAGAAGAGGCCCUCGCUCACUGGGGAGAAGAGACCCUCGCUCAGUGGGGAGAAGAGACCCUCACUCAGUGAGAAGAGACCCUCACUCAAUGGGGAGAAGAGACCCUCACUCAAUGGGGAGAAGAGCCCCUCACUCAAUGGGGAGAAGAGCCCCUCACUCAAUGGGGAGAAGAGACCCUCACUCAGUGGGGAGAAGAGACCCUCACUCAGUGAGAAGAGACCCUCACUCAAUGGGGAGAAGAGACCCUCACUCAAUGGGGAGAAGAGACCCUCACUCAGUGGGGAGAAGAGACCCUCACUCAGUGAGAAGAGACCCUCACUCAAUGGGGAGAAGAGACCCUCACUCAAUGGGGAGAAGAGACCCUCACUCAAUGGGGAGAAGAGACCCUCACUCAGUGAGAAGAGACCCUCACUCAAUGGGGAGAAGAGCCCCUCGCUCAGUGGGGAGAAGAGACCCUCACUCAAUGGGGAGAAGAGCCCCUCACUCAGUGGGGAGAAGAGCCCCUCGCUCAGCAAGCCUGACCUGCAGGGCGGGAACGAAGGGAAGCUCAGCCCUCCCUUGAGCUGCUCUCCCACACCAGUACCCACAGAGGUGUGAUCCAAGGAAGCUGAGCAGCCUGGACACAGGGAAUCGUUUGCACUCAGCAAUAAGACCUAAAAAUAAAGCAACUCACAGCAUCCUCCAGCUUACCUGGUGACAGCACAGCAGCUCACAGCUCUGCAGCCGUGGCAGGGACGGGCUGUGACACGUGUUUCCAGCUGAAACACCACACAACUCUCCUUCCUCACAUGGAUCUGCAAAAUGUAGCUCAGCUCCUCACCUUUCCACACCAAUUAAAUCCUUCCUGUGGGUAGCAAGGCUGAGAGAGCCCAUUUGGUUCACUUACUCAGCUGGCUGCUGAGACGGUGCCUGUUUUGCCAAAGUCUUUCUGAUUUUCCAACAAAAACCAGCUCAUGCCUGACUGGGGCUUCAGCAUGAUUUUGCUUUGCUGCUUUUUUUUUUUUUUUUUUUUUUUUUUUUUUUUUUUUUUUGGUGAGGUUUUUGGGUUUUGUUGUUUUUUCAAGCCAGUUUGUGUUUACAAAGCACCAACCAAAUCAUAGCAAGGGCCUUAAUUUUCCCCAAGUGAAACUGAGUCAAAGUGAUUUUGCCAAGUCACCAGGAAGCUGCAGAAAUCACAAAUAUUCUUUGGAUCCCGUGAAGAAAAGAUCACAACCUUUAUCAGUUUGUCAGAGGCAAGCUCUCAGCUUUGUCAUUUUGAGCUAUUUUUAACCACUUUUUAAUCCCAGAUCCUAGAAGAAUGCAUCGUGGGAAUAACACCAGGUACAUUUUGAGGCAGAUGAGAUGUUUCAUGUUUGUGAUUCAGUUGUGAUUAUCAACCCUUUGCCUCCGGAGGAUUAAAAAAUACGCAAACCCAAGAACAUUUAUUUAACUGAAGGGCUUGGGGAGCUGAUACCAUCCCUACAACAUGAAGUGUGACCAACUCAGAGAUGCUCCUGUGCUGGAAGUUGAUGCUGCCCCGAAAGCUUUCAGCCCCAAAAUGUUGCUGUGUUUUUGUGAGCUUUUCACUGGCACUCCUAAGCCCAGCUGAGCCCAGGGCCUCUAAGGCCUCACAGAUGUGCCUGAAGCUCAGCACAGCAAAACCACAGCUAAGAGCAGCCUCCACUCCAGUGCUCCUGUGGGCUGCUUGGUGGGUUUGUUUUUCAGAGCACAGAUGAGGCACGGUGAGCUGGGAGCAUCCCUGUGCACACAAGCACGUCCUCAGCAUGCAGGAGCCAGGACAGGGAGCACCUGAUCCCAUCACACGGGGCUGAGCCAGCUGUCCUGGGGGUCCCAGCACAGCAAAAAGGCAGAGGCACAGCAAAUGCAGGCAGGACAGCAGGGCAGUGAAGCGUGUGGGGCCAAAUCACACCUUUGGGCACUGAUCAUGGGCUGCAAAGCUGCCUGAGGCAAAGGCAGGCAGCACCUCCCAGGUGGGCAAAUCUAAGUUUGAUGUGCAAAAGUGAUCAUAAUUUCGUACACAAACUAUGCACAUUCUCCAUCUGUUCUAUUCAGGAAAGCUAGCAAGGCUACAUGAUGUUUUCGUUAUGUCCAACACUUAGUUAACUUUGUAAAAGGUGAUGCCACUGAAAUUUAAACUAGGCUUUAGGGCUUUUUCUUACUAAUUAAUACAGUUUCUUAUUUGCUCAAAGCACUUAAAGGAUUUUCUACUUAUUUAAAACUAAACUUACAUUCUACCUCAGGUCUUUAUGGAUUUAUAUAUUUUAGUUUCUUUGAAGGUCUUAAUUCAGCCCUCACAUUUCUCAGUGCUUCUGAGCCUGUGUGGAUGAGGCUCAGAGGGAUUUGUAUCCCAACAUCUCCCCCGUCUUGUUGAGCCUGGGAGAGGCUGGGAUAUCCCACAGUACUGAUUCUGGCAGCUGGUUCUGCCCCAGCUCCCCAGGACACCUCUAUCCUCAGGCUGUGCCCCAGACACUGCCACAGCACCCAGCUGCAGCCCUGCCCACCUCUUGGAACCCUGGAGGCUGAAAAUUUCAGCCUUUUCUGUGUUAAAAGGUGCUGACCCUCAAGCAAGCACCACGUUUGACUUGAAGUCUUGGAACAGGCUCCCCAGAUUGAGUGAUAGCAGGGGGAUUGUGAGUGUGAGGUUUGGAUAGUAUUGUGUGAUCUCACAGGGUGAAAAACUUAGAUUUCAGAUUUUAGUAUAUAGUAAUAGAUGUGAGUCAAGAUGGAGGAUUUUGGGCAUUGUUUGGGUCCUUCUUCUUCACCUUCUUCUUCCUUCUUCACCUUCUUCUUCCUUCUUCUUCAUGGUUUUGGGUGGUUUUCUCUAAUUGGGUGAAAAAGGUCAGCAUUGCAGGCUUUGGAUGGUCAUUAUUGGGUCAAAAGUAUAAAUAACAGAGGUGUCACCUCGUUAUUGGGGGAUUAUCGCUUAAAUAACCUUGGAAAGAGUUAGAGGCACUCCAUUUUACCUCACUUCUCUAACUUGCUAGUCAGUGCUCACUCCUCGUGAGUCUGUAAAUAGAUAAGAAAUAAUAAACACCCAAGUCUGAACACGAAACCUGCAUUUCUGGCUAAUUAAUCCCGACCCUGGCAAGAAAAAGAAGCCAGAACUGUCACACCCACCACUUUCCAUCCUGCCUGGCUCUCUCUGGCCCAUCCUCCUGGGAGAGGCAGCCUGGAACCCCAGCCUUGCUCGCAGCCCUGCAGUCCUUCCUCCCGUGGGGCGAUGCUGCGGGAGCAAUGUGCUCUGCAGAUGCCCUGCAUGGAUCAGGUUUCUUCUCUGACAGCAGGACAGGGCACAGCAGCCGUCCCUGGAAAUUCUUGCCAGCAGCCAGAUUGCCCCAGGGAGAUAAGUCACAGGCUCCCUGGGUUUAAUCUCUGCUCGGUUUCGGGCACGCCUUUUGAGGCUGCCGAGUCCCAGCCCUUCAGUGAAGCAGCAGAGUGAUGGAAGAAGUUGCAAAAGUCACACAGAAAGCUGGAAAUGUGGCAUUUUACAGGAGGCUGCAGGAGCCCAGCCCGUGGCCUCACUUUCUCCUCAUGCAAGAGCAGAAAUGCUGCCGUGGCACAGGGCACCCCACAGC